AUGAGUUCAGGUGGUUCAGAUUUAGUUAGGUUCGUUGAAUCAGUGCUAGGGUUAUCUUUUGGUGACACGGUAACUGACUCAGUGGUGGUGAUAAUUACGACGUCGUUUGCGGUUGUAGUUGGAUUGGUGGUGUUUGUAUUGAAGAGAUCCUCAGAUCGGAGCAAAGACGUGAAGCCAUUGGUGGUUCCUAAGUCACUAUCAGUUAAGGAUGAGGAGGAUGAGUCCGAGGCUCUGGCUGGGAAAACUAAGGUUACUGUGUUUUACGGGACUCAGACCGGAACUGCAGAGGGUUUUGCCAAGGCUUUAGCGGAAGAGGUCAAAGCAAGAUAUGAGAAAGCAGCUGUUAAAGUUGUUGACCUGGAUGAUUAUGCUAUGGAAGAUGAUCAAUAUGAAGAAAAAUUGAAGAAAGAGACUUUGUCAUUAUUCAUGGUUGCCACUUAUGGAGAUGGAGAGCCAACUGAUAACGCUGCGAGAUUUUAUAAGUGGUUUACUGAGGGAAAUGAACGGGGAAUCUGGCUUCAACAGCUUUCUUAUGGCGUUUUUGGCCUUGGCAACCGUCAAUAUGAACAUUUUAAUAAGAUAGCAAAGGUGCUUGACGACCUGCUCUGUGAACAAGGAGGAAAGCGUCUCGUUCCUGUUGGUCUUGGCGACGAUGAUCAAUGUAUAGAGGAUGAUUUUUCUGCUUGGAAAGAAUUGUUGUGGCCUGAGUUAGACCAGUUGCUCAGAGAUGAAGAUGAUGUGAAUACUCCAUCUACUCCGUAUACAGCUGCUAUACCUGAAUAUCGAUUGGUGAUUCAUGAUCCUUUCAUGACAUCUGUUGAGGAUAAAUUCUCAAAUUUGGCAAAUGGGAAUGUUUCUUUCGAUAUUCACCAUCCAUGCAGAGUCAACGUUGCUGUCCAAAAAGAGCUUCACAGAGCUGAGUCUGACCGGUCUUGCAUACAUCUGGAGUUUGAGAUCACAGGGACUGGAAUUACAUAUGAAACUGGAGAUCAUGUGGGGGUGUAUGCCGAGAAUAGUGACGAAACAGUUAAAGAAGCAGGGAAGUUGUUGGGCCAACCUUUAGAUUUAUUGUUUUCUAUUCAUGCUGAUAAUGAGGAUGGCACAGCUAUUGGAAGUUCAUUGCCUCCUCCUUUCCCAGGUCCCUGCACACUCCACACUGCAUUGGCAUGUUAUGCAGACCUCUUGAGCCCUCCUAAAAAGGCUGCUUUGCUUGCUUUGGCUGCUCAUGCCAGUGAACCUAGCGAGGCAGAGAGACUAAAGUUUUUAUCAUCUCCGCAAGGAAAGGAAGAGUACUCUCAAUGGGUAAUGGCAAGUCAGAGAAGUCUUCUUGAGGUAAUGGCUGAGUUCCCAUCCGCAAAACCUCCCCUUGGUAACUUUUUUGCUGCAGUGGCUCCUCGGCUACAGCCUCGUUACUAUUCUAUCUCAUCCUCUCCUAGAUAUGUUCCCAAUAGAGUGCAUGUGACCUGUGCUUUGGUAUGUGGCCCAACUCCUACUGGUAGAAUUCACAAAGGGUUGUGUUCAACUUGGAUGAAGAAUGCAGUUCCUCUAGAGAAAAGCCAUGACUGUAGUUGGGCUCCCAUUUUCAUCAGAACAUCUAAUUUCAAGUUACCAGCUGAUCCUUCAACUCCAAUUAUUAUGGUGGGUCCGGGUACUGGAUUGGCACCUUUCAGAGGAUUUCUACAGGAAAGAAUAACCCUGAAAGAGGAUGGUGCACAGCUUGGUACCGCCCUGCUUUUCUUUGGAUGCAGAAAUCGCCGAAUGGAUUUCAUAUAUGAGGAUGAGCUCAAUAAUUUUGUGGAGCAGGGUGUCAUAUCCGAGUUGAUUGUUGCAUUCUCAAGGGAGGGACCACAGAAGGAAUAUGUUCAACAUAAGAUGGUGGAUAAAGCAGCAGAGAUAUGGAGUAUAAUUUCUCAAGGGGGUUAUCUUUAUGUGUGUGGUGAUGCUAAGGGUAUGGCUAAAGAUGUUCAUCGGACUUUGCACACUAUUGUUCAAGAGCAGGGAGGCUUGGACUCAUCUAAAACUGAGUCCAUGGUGAAGAAACUCCAAAUGGAAGGACGGUAUCUAAGAGAUGUCUGGUGA